AUGCAGCUCAUCAAAGUUCUUCUGCUAGCCAUAACGACAGUACAAGCCCACUUGAACGGGAAAAGUGAAGAGAAAGACUGGUCAGCGACACGCCAGACGAAAAACGCAAACACGAAGCAAGGCAUCGAAAACCCUACAGUCGCUGACAUACGCUGCUACUCAUCGAAAAAUGCCGCAAACGUCAUGACUGUACCCGCCGGGGCCAACAUUCAUUACAUCUCCACGCAACAGGUGAACCACCCUGGGCCAACGCAGUACUAUCUAGCCAAAGUCCCGGCCGGCGCGGAUGUCAAGACUUGGGAUGGCAGUGGCGCAGUAUGGUUCAGAUUCAGCACAACAAAGCCGAGCGUCAACGCGCAAAAGCAAAUGAGCUGGCCAGGACAAAAUGAGUACAAAACGCCCAACACAACCAUCCCGGUCACUGUCCCUGAUGGCGACUAUCUCCUUCGCGUCGAGCACAUCGCUCUGCAUAUGGCAAUGCAAGCGAACAAGGCGCAGUUCUACUUGAGCUUGGUCAGCCAAGUCCACUUGCUGCUCUGCCAGGAGCCUACAAAAGCACUGAUCCAGGAAUAUUGGUAG